GGAAAGAGGUGAGUGUGAUGGGGACGAGAGGAGGGCGGGAGGUCGGAUUCCUGGGUCUAGAGGAGGAAGUGUGAAAGUGUCGACCGACUACCCAGAGGCUUCAUAUGCUCCUACAGUGUUACGGCUUUGGGGCCAAAAAAAAUUUCUCAGCGCCCUUAGCGCUUUCCAUGGUGCCUGGGGAGACAGGAUUAAACAAGUCAUUACUUAAAAAAUCACCAACGUGUGAAGCGCCUUAGGGUCCACACAGGGCGCAUGGGAUGUGUUUCACCAAGCAACCUAGGCACUCUGGAGUGGGGUGCAGAAUGUAGAAUGAGAACCGAAGGAUGAGGAAGGUGUUGAGCCGGUUAAAGUGAGGGGAAGAAGUUGGUGAAAGAAAAAAUGUGAGAAGGACUAGUGGUGGGGGCUGCGGCUGGAGAGGUUGGCUGGAAUCCAGCGAGGAUGUGGUACCUGCUACGUGCCAGGUGCUGCGCUGGGCAGUGGGAGUAGCGCGCAAUGAAGAGUACGGACUUAGUGCCUAGUUUCAUUGAAAUUUUCGCUUGAUGGGGAAGAUGGAUAUUAAACAAAAUGUUAGACAUUUAGAGCCUCUUAAGUGUUGAAGCCAACAAAGAGUUCAUAAGAUGUAUAACAACAGCGGGUUAGGCUCUAGUCUUGGUGUCGGAGAAGAUCCACGCUGCAGGAAAUAGCAUCUGUGUCCCUACUUUAGGGAUGAAAAAGUUAUAUAUUCAGAGACUCAGAGAGAGGAGACCAUAUUGAGCCCACAGGCCUUGGCAUGUCGCUGGCGGACGAGCUCCUGGCUGACCUUGAGGAGGCGGCAGAGGAGGAGGAAGGGGGAAGCUAUGGGGAGGAGGAGGAGGAGCCGGCAAUCGAGGAUGUGCAGGAGGAGACACAGCUGGAUCUCUCCGGGGACUCGGUCAAGAGCAUCGCCAAGCUGUGGGACAGCAAGAUGUUUGCUGAGAUCAUGCUGAAGAUCGAGGAGUACAUCAGCAAGCAGGCCGAUGCCGCGGAAGUGAUGGGACCGGUGGAGGCGGCCCCCGAGUACCCGGUCAUCGUGGACGCCAACAACCUGACAGUGGAAAUCGAGAACGAGCUGAACAUCAUCCAUAAGUUCAUCCGGGACAAGUACUCAAAGCGAUUCCCCGAGCUGGAGUCUCUGGUCCCCAAUGCGCUGGAUUACAUCCGCACCGUCAAGGAGCUGGGCAACAGCCUGGACAAGUGCAAGAACAACGAGAACCUGCAGCAGAUCCUGACCAACGCCACCAUCAUGGUGGUCAGCGUCACCGCCUCCACCACCCAGGGGCAGCAGCUGUCGGACGAGGAGCUGGAGCGGCUGGAGGAGGCCUGCGACAUGGCGCUGGAGCUCAACGCCUCCAAGCACCGCAUCUACGAGUACGUGGAGUCUCGGAUGUCCUUCAUCGCGCCCAACCUCUCCAUCAUCAUCGGCGCCUCCACCGCCGCCAAGAUCAUGGGUGUGGCCGGCGGCCUGACCAACCUCUCCAAGAUGCCCGCCUGCAACAUCAUGCUGCUCGGCGCCCAGCGCAAGACGCUGUCCGGCUUCUCGUCCACCUCGGUGCUGCCACACACCGGCUACAUCUACCACAGCGACAUCGUGCAGUCCCUGCCCCCGGAUCUCCGGCGGAAAGCGGCCCGGCUGGUGGCCGCCAAGUGCACGCUGGCAGCGCGCGUGGACAGUUUCCACGAGAGUACGGAGGGGAAGGUGGGCUACGAGCUCAAGGAUGAGAUCGAGCGCAAGUUCGACAAGUGGCAGGAGCCGCCGCCCGUGAAGCAGGUGAAGCCGCUGCCUGCGCCCCUGGACGGGCAGCGCAAGAAGCGAGGCGGCCGAAGGUACCGCAAGAUGAAGGAGCGGCUGGGGCUGACCGAGAUCCGCAAGCAGGCCAACCGCAUGAGCUUCGGGGAGAUCGAGGAGGACGCCUAUCAGGAGGACCUGGGCUUCAGCCUCGGCCACCUGGGCAAGUCAGGCAGUGGGCGGGUGCGGCAGACGCAGGUGAACGAGGCCACCAAAGCCAGGAUCUCCAAGACACUGCAGCGGACCCUGCAGAAGCAGAGCGUGGUGUAUGGCGGAAAGUCCACCAUCCGAGACCGCUCCUCGGGGACCGCCUCCAGCGUGGCCUUCACCCCGCUCCAGGGCCUGGAGAUCGUGAACCCACAGGCAGCGGAGAAGAAGGUGGCUGAGGCCAACCAGAAGUAUUUCUCCAGCAUGGCCGAGUUCCUCAAGGUCAAGGGCGAGAAAAGCGGCAUCAUGUCCACCUGAGGGGCGGCGCCCUGGGUGGUUGCCCGCUGAAGGGACACAGAGGCCCCCCCCUUUCUGAAGGGGUCAGGAUGGGGCUGGGAGGUGGCGGCAGGGAGAGCCGCCAGGCCGUCGCCGGUGCUGGGAUGUCAGGAGGCCCAGCCCCCAAGCACGGAGAAUGCCGCCUCCCUCAGACACCAGAGCCAGGCUUCGUCACGCGUCCUUUUUAACUGGGAAAGGAGAUACUCUGGGGGGAAAGUGCGAUUAAAAGCACAUCAUCAGGACCUGUC